AUGCCAGAGGUGGGACUGGACCGGGCAUUUCUGCAUCGCUGCUGCGUGCAGGUGUCGUCAGCCCUCGCGGAUGACGCCGCGGUGGCCGCAGAGACUCAGCACACCCUACGCUUCGUCCGCGACCACGCCUGUGACUACCCGGGGGAGAUUACGCGGGCGCUCAUCUGGCGCGUGGUAGACACCGACAACGACGAGGUGCAGGACCGUUUAGGUGCGUGGUCAGUGCUCAACGCCGUGCUUGCCGAGUGCGCCGACGUCAAGCAGCCGCUCUCCACCACCGCGGUGGCGGAGAAGAUUAGCCUCUUCCUGCCGUACCUUAUUUCCUACCGGUGGUUCUCACUCCGUGGCGUGUCGCAGGCGAAUGUGGCGCGUUCGCAGUCGACGCUUGCGAUUCUGAGCGAGUACGACAAGGUGGUGCCGGCCUCUGUGCUCACCGGUGACGAUUUCCGCCUUGGUGAUGCGAGGAAGGAGCACGAGAUUCAGGCCAAAUACCGGGAAUUUCUGGUCACCUGGAAGGUGAUUUGGCGUCACGACGUCUACCAGCGCUUUAAGGAGGCCGUGCGUCAGACGGAGGCUAGCGGAACCCGGCUCUCGCCAAAGGAUCAGCCGUACCUCGACAUUCCCGCCACAUUCCGUGAUAGUCUGCGCCGCCUACGCCGCCGCAACCCGCGCCCCUCCAUAGCCUUCCACGUACUCAGCUGCUACGGGUGGGUGCCGCCCAGUGAGGCCCCUGCGACACCAUUAGAAGCCAUGCGAGGGGCGAAUGGCGUCAAUGAGGGUCAACUUAGCAGCAACAACGACUACGUUAAGAGGUGCCCAGCAGUGCCGGCAAGCGUCACGGAGAUUGAACGAAUCGAGCCCGCCGCCCACCCACGCGUGCGUCAGUGGCUGCGAAAAUUAGUCGAGGCAGGUGGUGGGUGUCGGUUAUGCGACGUGUGGCAACACACGGAGGCACGCUGCCCUUGUGAGCUGCCGUUUAUCAAAGUUCCUCUGCUGGAGGGAAAUCCGCACCUCAACUACCACCGCCGUCGGCGGGGGGUGGAGCGGCCAACCUUGACCUACCUGGAGGCUGUGGAAAAGCUGUUUCGCUACGGCAUCAGACUUCCACUCUCAUUGGAGAAGUCACUGGACCGCAUCGUCUCGCUCAUUGAGGAGGAGACGUCGUACGAGGAGUUUCUUGAGGCAUUUGACACCGUGCGGGGUGCGGUGACAGGCCCCCUGGAACGUCACGCCCUAUGGUUGCAUGCCAGCUAUAGGUUGAAGCCCUCGCGGACUGUCUUUGACAAGCCAAGCGAUGACGCGCUUAGUCCCGCCAUGGAGAAGGCGGAGAAGCACUUUAAAGUCCAUCGCCGCUUCCGCGAGUGGGAUCAACUGCUGCAGAGCGUUGAAGUGCUCGAUAGCCAGUUCCGCCGCGCCGAGCUUUCGCCGGGGCUGCGCCGGAACAUUGACGAGGUACGGGAGACAAAGUCCUUCUUUUUUUGUCUCAUUGAUGGGUCCCAAAUGGCCGAGUACGUUCCUCAGUCCUACGCCCGUGUGCCGGAGGAGGUAUUGCAGCUGCGACCGGUAAAGGAUGUCUUGUGUACCGUCUGCCUUGAGCCGUUUCACGUGGCGGCGCGGUGCUCAAAGGGAUCUGAGCCGUGGGACUUGUCUGUGGCCCGCGUCUUGUUGGAGGAGCACGGCCUGCUUAGCAUGCGGUACCCUGAGGAGCGUUACAUGUUCGACAACGCGCUCCGCAGCAUUGACGAGGAUGACCGAAAAGCGAAGGAGUUCCGAAAGAAGGAGCUCAGCUUAGCCGUCAAACUCGUGCACGAGGGUCGUGUGCCGUACUGCAGGCUCUGCAACAUCAUGGGCCACAGUAUCCGUCGCUGCGAGGAGGGGGCACGCCGCACGCUGCACCGGCACAGCAUUAAAGAAGUGGACAUGCGACUUAACCCACACCUCGUGCAGCGCAAAAUAAAGCAACUCCGAGACGCUCAUGAUGAGCGAGAAGGGAGGUGGCUCACGGAGGCGUGGGAGUUGCUGGGUAAGGGACGGACGUACCCUGACAGCUUCCUCAGCGCCAUCCGCGAGCUUGAGGACGCCCGGAUUCCGCUCGCGGCGGCGCGCUACAGCACCGACGCGGUUCAGGGUUUUUUGCUAUUUAUUAAGUCCAACGAUCUGCUUCAGCACCUGCAACCACUACGCGACGAGCGGUUUCCGGAGGUGUGCCUUUUCUGUGACUCCUACCACCACGGCUCCGAGCUUUGCGACCGCGCCAACGCGGAGGAACGCGGCUUUCUCAGCGAACUGCGGCGGUAUGGUCUGACGCUGUGGCAAUACCUCCGCGCCCCGGAGCGCUACGAUGAGCGCUUUCCUACGGACUACGCCAAGGGUCGGGAGACUGUGGUGGGGCUGGCGCGUCAGUUUGAGGAGGACUACAGCCCCGGCGGUAUUGCGCGGGUGCGGUUUCUUGAGAACAACGGCCUGGAGGGCGACGCGACAAGUCCGGUGGCGGGCGGCGGCGGCGCGGCGGCGCGCGGCAGUUCGCAGCGCUCCUUCUACGGCGGCUCCUCCUACAGCAUGUCCUUCUCGCAGCUUGUCCUGCACCCGGGUGAAAAUGACGAUGAGGCAGAGCGUCACGACAACGGCAAUAAGGAGGCUGCCGCGGCCGCGAUGACCCGGCAUGGUGGCGUCAAUGGCACCACAGCGGUAGACCCCCUUUUUUGGCCUCUUGGCGGCGAGGCGCCGGUGGCAAUGCUGACGCCGGACCGGGCAAAAGCCUCGGCGGAGUCGUUUCGUGAGAUAAACGGCGGCUACGGCGGCAAACGGGGCCGCGAGGAGGACGAUGACUCGGUGCUGAGGUCCGGCAGCGGCAGCGGCAGUGGCGGCGGCGAUGACGGCGUUGAGGAGGCGGAGGAGAACGGCGAUCAAAAUCUCCACGCUGACGACGGCGAGGCGGCCGCGGCAGGGACGGUGACAGAGACGCUGCAGGGAGGCCCCGAUGAUGUCAACGGGCUCGGCCACUUGGCGCAGCGCUUCCGGCUGGAACCGCCGAGGAAAAGCGCAGAGGCGUGA